CGGGCCGUGCCUCCGCGCGAGCGCGCGGGCAUGCAGACACCCACUCGGCCGGUCCCGGCGCCCGGGCUCCCGGAAGCGGAAGGGGAGCGCGGCCCGGCCUGGGCGGCGGAGGCGCGGAGCCGAGCGGAGAGCAGCGGAGCGGCCGGCGGUACUCACAGACAACUGUUAUUGAAGGAAGGCCCAUAUAAUUGAAUAAGCAAUGUAAAGAAAUAAAUAAAAGAAUGAUUCAAGAAGAUAACACUUCUAAAUGCAAGUGCCAGAAAAAUUACAGCUCAUCUCAGUGAAUUUGCAAGUGGGUUCUCCUCUCUGGGCUGGCAGGCAGUUCUAGGACUGCAGAAUGGGUCUUCGGAUUCACUUUGUUGUUGACCCACAUGGUUGGUGCUGCAUGGGUUUGAUUGUCUUUGUCUGGUUAUACAACAUUGUUUUAAUUCCCAAAAUUGUCCUCUUUCCUCACUAUGAAGAAGGACAUAUUCCAGGCAUUUUAAUAAUAAUAUUCUAUGGCAUUUCCAUAUUUUGUCUGGUUGCCUUAGUGAGAGCCUCCUUAACUGAUCCGGGAAGACUCCCUGAAAACCCCAAGAUCCCACAUGCAGAGCGCGAGCUGUGGGAGCUGUGCAACAAGUGUAAUUUGAUGAGGCCGAAGCGUUCCCAUCACUGCAGCCGCUGUGGCCAUUGUGUAAGGAGGAUGGACCACCACUGUCCUUGGAUAAACAAUUGUGUGGGUGAAGACAACCAUUGGCUCUUUCUGCAGUUGUGCUUCUACACUGAGCUUCUCACUUGCUACGCACUGAUGUUUUCUUUCUGCCACUAUUAUUAUUUUCUUCCACUAAAAAAGCGUAAUUUGGACCUCUUUGUUGUUCGGCAUGAGCUGGCUAUCAUGAGACUAGCUGCCUUUAUGGGCAUUACUAUGUUAGUUGGAAUAACUGGACUCUUUUAUACACAACUGAUUGGCAUAAUCACAGAUACAACAUCUAUUGAAAAGAUGUCAAACUGUUGUGAAGAAAUAUCGCGGCCCCGAAAGCCAUGGCAGCAGACCUUCUCAGAAGUUUUUGGCACUCGUUGGAAGAUCCUGUGGUUCAUUCCUUUCAGGCAGAGGCAACCACUGCGAGUUCCCUACCACUUUGCCAAUCACGUCUAAACAGAUGGAUGGUGGGCACAGAUGGGUCUUCCAUGCUGGAAAUGCGUUACAGGUUUUCUGAGAAUAGAACUAUGACAGUCUUCAAGUCAAUUAAAAUCCACCCACCAAUCUUAGGCAUCAUAAUGUGCCCCAGGCUUUAUUUUAAUAGUGAUCUUGAUCCUGUUGUGGGACUAAUACAAGAUCUAUAUUUAAGUUUUAAAAGCAUGUUUACUUUCAAAUUAGCCUUCCGCUGGGAUUUCUUUAACUGCUUCUGUUACUAAACUCAAAAGGCAGUGAUUGGGAUGAAAUAAUUGUACAUAAAUUUCCUUCAGUACUCUCAGUACUUUAAAGCUUAAUUUAUGGAAAUUUGAGAUGUUUAAUGUUUACCUUUAAGCAGUACUAACCAAAUUUAAAUUUAAUUCUUCAGUUUUUCAAAACUUGAUACACUUUCUUAUGUAUAAAUUUUAUUUUUUGGAUCUAAGUUAAAAUGUUAUUACUACUCCUUUUAUAUGUGCUGCAGGGCUUUUAAAAUGCAGCACAGGAGUGAACAACAAAGGGCAGGGCUUGCCUAGGCGCAGCGCUCUGCUGCUUUCUUUUUUCCUACUCAUCAAAAGUGAACUAAGACACCACUCGUGCGAAUGCACCAACUACUACCUUAAUAUAGAGGAGAAGUUAAUUUUCCUUUCUGCUGCAAUUAUUGAUUGCUAUUAGAAUGUUUGUUCCCAGGAGAAAUUUGUGGCCAGUCGGGCAUAUAUUCCUAUUUUACCCUAAGACUCUAAUGACUGGGAAGGGCAGGAGGUUUGCAAUAAUUCCAGUCACUUCUUCAAGUGCAGUUAUAUUAGAAUGCAGAGAGAUGUUUUAAAAUGUUAAAUUGGAUGGUGUGUAAUAUACAAUAUAGAGAAAGAUACUGUGCUUUUAAAGUAUGUGUACUUUUAUUUAUCUGCUAGUAUAUCUCACUGUACACAUUGGAGGUUUAUUAUAUAAUAGAUGCUGGUCAACUCAUAUCAAAGUUUAAAAGUAGAUCACUAAAUUUAUAUACCAGUAAUCAUCCAAGUUGAAAUUGAAUUCCCAUUGGCCAGUUGUAAUUUACAUCACUCUAAAGACCUUUUAUUAAAAGCUGAUGUCAGGAAAUUGUCUUAAAAUAGAAUGAUCUAUGGUAGUGAUGGUCCCUUAACAAACAUGAGCCUUUUUGUAUACAAAGACAUUUUGUAUGAUUUAAUUUUUUCAUUUAGAAUACUGCAAAUCCAUAUGUUUGAAAAGUGUGUGUGCUUGGUGACCUUUCUCCAGAAAAGAAUAUUGAACGAAUCUACCAAUCUUUAACCAUAUACAUACUUUUCUUAUAGGUAGUUGUAAAGUUAAGAAAUCAUAGCUGGGAAAUAGUGAAACAGAGGUUAUUAUUGGCCAGUCAACUAAUACUGUGGCUAGUUUUUUCAGACACUGUAAAUGUCUUAUAAAAUAUUCUGAAUAGAAUAAGCUCUUCUCAGAAAUAUUAAUACCAUUAUUUUCAUGUUUUAAUUAUGUUUAUUAUUUAAAAACUUAGAAGUGGCAGAUGAAAAUAUUUAUUGGUGCUAAGACAAUUGUAAGUAAUAUAAGAAACAUUUUUAAAGGUUAGGAAACAUAAGAUUAGUAUGUUUAUUUUAGGCAAAGGAGUUGGAUUUUGUGCAAGCUGAUUGACUAAAUUGGCUGAUGACAGUUACUCAAAGAAGUGAUGUAUAUAUAAUAUAGGGAGAUGAAAGCUGAAUACCUUCAGAAUAUAUAUAUAUUUUUUCCAUUCACACAAGACCUGGAUCAUCCAUAGCAGAGCCAAAUGAAGGCCUAAAUAUGGAGCUGUGUAGACUUGCUUAUGCUUCUGGAGCAGCAGUAGCUCUGAGACAAGGUAAUGGGGAUAGUCUCUUUCCCGCACUGGAAACCUGUGGGCUUGGUUUUCUUAGGUUUACCACUUCUCGGGCACAUUAUCUUUACUUUCUCUUUACUCUCCCAGGUCCUGAUCCUUCUCUGCGGUUUCUUUAAGUCUUUUGACUUAAUGCACUAGUUUGAGCUACAGAAAUGCUAUUAUCAAUGUAUUUACAUAAGAAUCUAUAUUGCAGUAUAGCUAUAUAUACUUAUACAGUAUUGUCAAAUGUAUAUGUCUAACCCCAUGGAGGGGUUUGUAAUCACUAUUAGAUUCCUAGAGAAAAGCCUGUUGGCCGUUUCCUAGGGAUUAAGCUCCUAUGUUCUUUCUGCGCCCUCUUUUGGCUAAUUUAUGUAAUUAUACUGGCUCUAGAGGCUUUUACUGUCCCAUGAGUGGGUUGUAUCUCCAAUCUGUGAACAUGCCAGAGGUGCAUACACACUUAUGGGAACAUAUGUAGAAAAGUGUAAAGUUUUAUAAAAAUUGAAAAUGAAUGUGUUGUUGUUGGUGAUGUUCCUUCUAGGUAAACUGCUUGGCUUUAUGUUUGUAUAUUUGUGUACACUUUUUACUGUCAGUCACAAAUUUAGAUUAGGAUAAAAUGUUUCAAUAAUUUUACUUUAACCCUUAUUUUGGCAACUUAAUUUAAAAACUUACCUAAAAUACUAUGUUAUUACAAAACAAAACAUUUAUUACAGUUGCUGUGGUAACUGUGUUAUCUAAUGUGUUUCACUGAGUAUUAAAACAUUUUUUUCAGUUCAAUUUUGGAAUGGUCCCCCUACACUCACACACAGAGAGACACACAAACACACAGAAACAGAGGCUCAGUUGCCUUAAAAUAAUUAGCAAUUGGCUAAUAGUACUAUUUUUUUCUUUGCUUUUUAAAAAAAACCUCAAUCAGAGUUAAACCUGUUGAUUCAGUAGCCACUUCAUUUGUCACACUGAAUAACCAUGGGAAUAACUACAUGUGUGGAGUAUUAGAAAGCAACGGAGCAAUGAGAUUUCUGCUUUGUCUAGAUAAUGCAUAAAAGUAUUUAUAAAAAUCACAUUUAAUUUUAGUAAAAUGUGUGUUAAGUGAUAUUUUUGCACUAGCAAAGUCAUUUCUUGGGCUUCUGGAGUUACAAUAUUAAUACUAGGCUGCAGUUACACUUGUAAACAAAUAGAGUUGGGCCUGUAAGAUGGCUCAGCACAUAAAGGUAUUUGCUGUACAAGACUGGUGACCACAGUUUGCCCCUUGAAACCAGUUAAAGGUGAACAGGGAAGAAAACAAACAAACAAAAAAAAACAAAACAUCUAGCUCCAUAGAGUUGUCCUUUGACCCUACAAGCAUGCCUUGACACUCAUGACUCUUCCCCCAUCAUCAUGCAUUCAUUUAGUCAUUUAUUUCAUAUUCUCUUUCACACACAGUGUUUUGAAAUCUGAUUGGAUAAGCUCAAUGUAGGCAACAAAGGACAAAGUUCAGAAUCUUCUAAACAUUGAACAAUCUAUUAAAGAAUCUUGGUACUUUGUAACCAGACUUAAUUUCAAAUUACUAAGCUAUAGUGAUGUGACAUAAAAAUAAAAACCAAAUUUGUUUAUAAUUUGUAUUAAAUAUUUUAUUUAACGUAAAAGAGCCAUUUAAAAUUGUAGCUAACAUAGUAAUUUAUUUUUCAGAAGACAGCUUACUUUUAAUAGUAAUAAAGUAAGGGCUGGGGUACUCCUCAGUGAUAGAGUGCACAAGAGGCCCUGAAUAAGGAAAAGACAGGGAGAAGACAUAGACCAUAAGCUACAUGAGAUGCAGAAGAACUGAGUCAAACGUCUCAGAACAUUUCACUAAUGUAUGGAGGGAGCUCCAUUCAGGAUGGCGGCUCAUUUUAAUUCUUUUUUGUUUGUUUGUUUUGUUUUUUGAGACAGUUUCUCUGUGUAGCUUUGAGUGGCCUGUACUUGCUUUGUAGACCAGGCUGAGAUCCACCUGCCUCUGUCUCCCAAGUGCUGGGAUUAAAAGUUUGCACCAUCUUGCCCAGCCCCAUUCUGAUUAUUCUUAAUGAAACUUUGGGUUACUUCCAUACAAGUAACUUAACUGUUUUGCUUAAAAGAUGUAUUAAUUCUAAACACUACUCACAAAGACUCAAAUUGAGAGCACACUUCCAAACAGGAGAUACAAAUGCAUUUAGAUGAAAGCCACAUAGUUUUCUUUAUUAGAUCAUGUGUAGUUUGAAUGUUCUUACAUGUGUUGCUUAAAAAAAAAAAAUCACAACUUGUCUUGCAGUGGCUAAAUACAGCACUAAUAUUCAUUAGCGUAUGCUGCUUUCCAUCUAGACUGUUCUCUGGGUAGUUCUCUUGUAUGACGUGUGUCAGUAGAUAACCUAGCUACAGUUCACUAAACUAUAGUACUUCGUUAUGUAAAUUUGACAUAACCUCUACUAUACAUACAUAUACUGGGAAUUAUUACAAAUAUUAUGUAAUUUACCAAUAGUUCAAACAUUAGACUUUCGUCCACUUCUGCUAAUGCUUAGAAAAUUACAAGUAUUGGCAGGUGUAGUUAGUAAGUCCUAUAAACUUGGUGUGCUUACAUGUUAUUGACCAUGUAAUUAGCUAAUGAGUGAAUGUAUGAUUCAGUACCCACAUCUGUCGUUGCCUUCUGUUGUAGGUACCAUGCUCAGAAUAUACAAAUAAAAAUGUUAGUAUAAUUCGUGUUUAGCUGUUCAUAGAUUCUACAGUAUUCUGUAGUAGAACAUGGGAAAGUGUUAGAAGCUGUUCACAUGAAGUAUUUUAUCACAGUAUUGUCACUGACUGUAUGAACCAAUAUUUAGCAUUUCUGCUACAUUUGUGAUGGUGAUGGUUUAACUUUAGAAGUGAAUUUUCUCACUUCUUCCAUUAUCUUUGUGUAUUUUUUUAAAACAAAAUUUAUUUUCUAGACGCCAUUUUGUUAAAACCAAUAACAUUUUUAUCAGUUCUUUAGAUGUGGCAAUAUUAUCUGCUAGUGAUAAUUUGAAGCAAAUUAUUAAUAAUUUAUUAUUAUUAUUAUCAUUAUUAUUUGGAGACAGGGUUUCACCGGCUUUGAAUUCAGAAUCCUCCUACCUUUGCCACCCAAGUUCUGUGAUUACAGGCAUAUUCUGCUGUGCUUGGCUAAGUGCUUAAAGUUCUUAUGUCAUUGGUAUUGCUGAUUUUUCAUUAUCAUAUCUUUUACUAUGUUACAGCUUUUCCUCCAUGUCUACCCUUGAGUACAGGUACCAGUAAGUAGUGAAUUGCCAAAAACUGGAUAAAGAAAGUAGGGGACAUUAGUAAGAUGGAGAGUUGGCUAAGUGGACAUGAUUAAUCGGCAUCUCUGCGAGAGAGGAGUAGAGACGGGGCUGUAAUAUCAGACACUGUCCGCCAUCUCCUCAUCCCCAGCUGACGCCAUUUUACUGUAAGAGUCAUUGGCACAUAUGUGUGUACACGUGCAUUAUAUGUAUAUAUGUGCACAGUCAUUCUGGGAAGCAUUUGGCUUGAGUUGUUUAAUCUCCAUUUACAUCGCUGUUUCUUUUCAGCUGGAUCGGUGCUCUUGAGAGUUUUUUUUUUUUUUUUUUUUUUUUCAGAUAAGUGUGUAGGAUAUGUUAGCCUGAAGCAUUUUUAGCAUGCACAUGUCAAAAAAUAACAUGGAAAUACAUCUAUGUAAUACAGAGGAGAAAAGAUAGCUUGCCCAAAGUUUGAAGAAAAAAAAAACAACAACCUGGAACCUGUUUUAGGAGUUUCUUCUGGCAAAGAAAGAAUACUUUGUCAACAACUUAGUUAUGAAGGAUGGUUUACACUUUAAAGAUCGAAAUCUUGGUGUUUUUGAGACCCUUGAGGUCUUUGUUUCUGUUGGCUCUUCUAGUUCAUUUCCUCCUGUGUACGGGUAAUGCUUCCCAUAGUUAUUCAAGUGUGCAAUUAACUAAUUACACAUAUAAAACAUCUUUCAUCUCAAUAGCUUUGUAUGGAAAGAUAUAGCCCAACCAGCCGUAACCACAGGCUUGUCUCCUUUGUAGCUGUGCUUGCCCGGUCCACUCAGCACAGGGACUGUAGUUAGGAGGCUGUCAGUCAGAAGGAAGACCUGUCUGCCUUCUGUUACCUCUGUGUCCCAGCUAGUGUGGAUGGUUGAUAUUUUAACCUACUCGUGCCUGAGCAACUAAAACAUCCUGGUGCUAUUCAUGCUAGCAUUGAGUUACAUUUUUAAUUCUUGAACCAAAGAAUUAAUUUUCUUUUUGGUUGACUGAGAGUUACCUUUUCAUAUCUGUGUCUGAAGAAGUGAAUAAACGGUCUAAUUGAUGGAACUUUUAGCAGAGUCAAUUGAAAAUGAUUCUUUGUUAGACUUAUUUUUUAUUCAGUUAUGCACAUUAGUGUGGGUUUCAAUUUUGUACUUUAAUGUAGUGUGGCUACUUUAGAAGGUAUUUUAGUAGGCUGAAGCUACUAAAGAUAAUUGAAUCACUUUUCAAAAGGUUUUAAUUUUUUGUUUCACUUCAGCAAUGAAGAAAAACUUAUUUCUAUAAGCAAAGUAUUCUACUGGACACUUUUAGUGAUUCUCAACCAAAUGCUAAAAUAAAGGGCAAAUAAUAGAUCCAUUUUUAAUUACAAGUCAAGAAUUUCACAUCUCCAUGUGUGGGAAGGCAUAAUCCUCAAUGGCUUUAAAUAAAGAUACAGGUAGUUGCCUAUUUUGAAAAUAAGAUGAAAUUAAAAGACACCUUAAAAAACAUGUAAAUCACACACAUGCACACAUAUACACUUUUCCAAUAGGAAGUGCAAAGGUACCUUGAUUUAAGCAAACACCCCAAUAGACAGUUGAACUUUGCAACAUCAAAAGCAAUUUGAGUGCUGCUGCUUACUGUACAUGGAAAUCAGAGUAAAACUGGUUUCCUAACUGUUGUAGUGAUUUUACACCAUUGGCAGACCACGCUCCUGUGGAUGGACUUGUACAGGUGUAAUACUACCAGGUACGACUGGCUUCCCUGUUCUUCCUGAAGCUCUGACACACUCAUCAGAGUCUCCUCAAAACAGAAGCUGCCAUGGCUGAUCACUCAGGCAAGGAAGCAACAGUGCAGGUGGCCGGGAAGGUAGACAAUCAAACUGAAAAUGAUUGUGUUGUUCCCAUCAGCUUUAGUCUCUGUCUCCUUAAAUGUUGAUACAAUAUAUGGUUUUGCAGUGAAUUCUGAAUGGAAAAAUGAAUCAAGCCUAAAACUUGGAAGGUGACUUGAGUUCAUGUACAUGAAAUGUGUACAGAUGAGCAAAUAAGAGAGGAAGCAGGGGAUGGGGCCAUACUGUCUCCUGUGAGUGUGUUGCCACUGGAUUGAUUCUUAAUAAUCCCACUGCUUGUCCUUUGUGUAAAAGGCUGACUGUAAUAAUUUUUCCCAAGUAGGAAGAGGUAGGAGAGAAUUUACCACUGCUUACUGUCUCCUGGUGUGAUUAUUAAAAAGCAAAGAAAAAUUAAUACAGAUUGGGAAAACAAAACAACCUGAAGAUACAGAAGGAAGAAAUCCAUCCCAGUCAUAGGUGUUCAGAUGAAUGGGUCGAAAGCCCAAGGAAAAUAGUCAGCAUGGACCCCGAUAGAUGAGCAGCUGUGUGUCUGGAAUUAGUCCAGCAAGUUUAAUCACUUCUCUAUACCUGUGACAUUUGAUGCACCUAAAAUUUGCUGUCAGCCCUAGUUCUCAAAUAUUUCUAAACGAAAGAUUGUUCUGGAAUUUUAAUAAUAGUGUGUACUGUAGGUGUCUAGGAAGACCUUGUCGUAAAACUUGCUGGGUGUGCGUUUCAUUCAGCUGUUGUGUGUGUUAAGUCUGAGGGCUGUGUCUGCCUCGCCUGCUGUUUCGUUUUGUAAAAUCUCUUACCCUAAGAAAAUCUUCACUAACAUUUCUAGUGCUAGGAGUAAUAAGGAAGAGAGUGGGUAAGAGAAUUAUGAGUACUUUGAGGAGAGGGAGAAAGCUGAUGGUGGGUGGGAACUGUGAGAUGUACUUAUUUGUUUAGAUGAGAUGUCUACACUGGUUCUUCAGAUGAAAAUGAACUAUGUAUCUACCUUAAGAACAACAUUGCUUUUAAUUUAUUUUAGUGGUUUUGUUUUAUUCAUGUAAUAUUCUGUUUUCUUUGCAAGUUGCUUUUAAUUUAAAUUGUGGAAUUUUUACUUCUUGAUAUGUACUAUGUACUGUAUUUUUAGAAAUCUUAUUUUUAAAUAAAUAUUUUUGAAAAACAUAA